AUGGCGCGCACCAAGCGUCCCGAUCCCCUUAAACCACCUCAGAAGCCCCUGCUGGCAUUAGGUCUUGAAGGGAGUGCAAAUAAGCUUGGUUCUGGGAUCGUACAGCAUUUGCCAGACGGAACGACAAACAUCUUAAGCAACGUCCGACAUACUUACAUUACGCCACCGGGGGAAGGUUUCUUACCCAGAGACACCGCUGUUCAUCACCGGGAAUGGGCUACAACAGUUAUCAAAGAUUCCGUUGAGAAAGCUGGAGUGAGGAUGGGCGAUCUGGAUUGCAUUUGCUUUACAAAGGGUCCGGGGAUGGGUGCGCCCCUACAAUCUGUAGCGCUGGUAGCAAGGACCUUGGCUCUCAUGGUGAACCACUGCGUUGGACAUAUCGAGAUCGCUCGGACCAUUACACAUGCUCAAAAUCCGGUCGUUUUGUACGUGAGCGGCGGUAACACUCAAGUCAUUGCCUAUUCUCGUCAAAAAUACCGUAUAUUCGGAGAAACGCUCGAUAUUGCUGUGGGAAACUGUCUAGAUAGAUUCGCUCGUGUCGUUGGCUUGUCUAAUGACCCAAGUCCCGGAUACAACAUCGAGCAAGAAGCUAAAAAGGGCCGGAAGAUUCUUCCGCUUCCCUAUGCUACUAAGGGAAUGGACGUGACGCUUUCUGGUAUUUUGACAUCGAUUGAGGCAUAUACCCAGGACAAGUGCUUCGUCGCCGGCCCGGAGUCUGUCGAUGGUCAAGGCAUUCCAGAGGAUUCCUAUACAUCUGCAGACCUUUGUCUCACAUUGCAGGAGACUGUGUUUGCCAUGCUUGUGGAGAUAACGGAACGUGCAAUGGCCCACGUUGGGAGCAAAGAAGUUCUGAUCGUUGGGGGUGUUGGUUCGAACGUCAGAUUACAGGAAAUGAUGAAUAUAAUGGCGGAAGAGCGAGGUGGUCGGGUUUUUGCAACAGAUGAAAGAUAUUGCAUUGAUAAUGGGAUCAUGAUUGCUCAAGCGGGGCUUUUGAGUUAUAGGAUGGGUUAUUCUACUCCCCUUGAGGAGACCAUUUGCACACAACGAUUCAGAACGGAUGAAGUCCACGUCGCUUGGAGAAGCUGA